AUGUUGUUUGAUGGGGCAGUCAAUGUUUGGGGACAUGGAAUAGGUGCGGUGCUCAUAUCCCUGGAUGGGAAACAUUAUCCAGUGGUAGCUAAGCUCACCUUCCCUUGCACUAACAACAUGGCCGAAUACGAGGCGUGUGUACUGGGUUUGCAGGCCGCUAUGGAUCGGGGUGUCAAGCGACUAACAAUAAGGGGAGAUUCAGCCUUGGUCAUCUACCAGCUAACCAGAGAAUGGGAAACUCAGGAUUCCAAGCUAGUAUCGUAUCGUGAGUACAUUCAAAAGAUGAUAGAAGGGUUUGACAGUAUCAGUUUCUCUCAUAUGCCAAGAGAGAACAACAUGAUGCCUGAUGCGUUGGCUACGCUGGCGCCUUUGUUCAAGGUGGAAGAAGGAGUGAAGAUCGAAACUAUCCAAAUCAGAGUACAGUCCAAACCUGCCCACUGUAUGGUGGUAGAGGAGGCCGACUAA